AGAUUGGUCAAUACGGUAAAUACAAGUCAUUAAGAACAUUGAACAAAUUACGACGUGUUGAAGGAUAAGUAUCAAACCGCAACUUUUAAACUUUCGCGGGAAACCUCUACCCGAGAAAGCUUGAUCACGUGACAAAGAUGGUAGCAUGGAGAGCUAUGAAACGAGAACACAACAUUUGUUUUGUGACAGUUUGAACCAUUGAUGGUUCAUUGAUGCCCUAGGUUAUAGUUGUAUGUUGUGGCAGCUGGAAACGCUGUGAGUAAUGGUGAGACAGGUGGGUCUGCUGCCCGCAGGGUGCCAGCCGUGGAACAAUGAUGUGGUGGCUACCAGUGGCGACCGCUUUGUCUACUGUGCCACACUGGCCAUGUACAUCUAUCAGCUUGAUAGAAAAUUCAAUGAGUUCCGGUUGAUUUCCAUCAUGUCAGAACACACAAAAACCAUCAACUGUGUCAAGUUUCACCCCACAAAUUCAGACCUGAUAGCAACAACAGGGGCAGAUAAAAAGGUCAUAGUGUGGAACAUAGCUACACAGCAUGUGGUGGCCAAGCUUGAUGUGGUGACCCGAGACCCACCCAAAGCUGUGGGCUGGACCUCCGUCAAAGGUAGUGAUGCUGUGUGCUUCAUCCAGGGGUCAGGACCUCUGUACGUGUGGGCCUACUCUACAGAACAAAAGCUUCAGACCAUCAAGGAGGCCUCGGGAUUUAGCUCUUCUGUCUGUCAGUUCAGAUGGCAUCCCAAAAACCCAAACAGAGUUGCACUAGGUCACCUGGAUGGAAGUAUAUCAAUAUGCAACAUAGGAGGAAAAAGUCAGAAGGGAAUAUGUCGGCCAGAGAGUGAGGAUGAAGAUGAGGAUGACCCAGUUACUGCCCUGGAGUGGGACCCCCUGUCGGCUGACUAUCUGAUCAUGACCAACACGUUCCACCCAGUGCGCCUGAUAGACACGGUUUCCGGGACCGUCAUCACAGAGUUCAAGCUGCCCAGUGCUGCUGCCAAUGUCCACACCCUAGCCUGGAUCUCUGGGGCCCCGGGGAUGUUUGUCACAGGGGAUGUCAAAAGUGGAAUUCUAAGAAUGUGGAAUGUAUCAAAGUCAACACCUAUAGAAAACAUCAGGAUAAAGAAAACGGGGAUACAUGCCCUACAGACAAUAAAUGUGGAGCAUCACUCCAGGGUAAAGGAUGUGAGGGAUGGCCAGGUGUCCUCCACCAGCCCUACCCUCACCCCGGCCAGCACCAACAGCUCACACUUUGUUCUUCCACCCGCUAAGAUUGUAUGCGCAUUCCUGGAUGGAGGUGUAGGCCUGUAUGAUCUUGGUGGAAGGAAGUGGGAUUUCCUCCGGGAUCAGGGCCACAUAGAGACUAUAUUUGACUGCAAGUUCUGUCCUUACAACAGGGACAUCCUGGCAACAGGCAGCUUUGAUGGUACCAUCAAACUGUGGGACAUCACCUCCAUGACUGCAAUUAACAGUUCCCCAGGAAAUGAGGGUGUGGUUUACUCCCUGUCUUGGGCCCCUGGAGAUUUGAACUGCAUUGUAGCCAGUACGUCCAAGCAUGGCAUGUUUAUCUGGGACGUUGGCAAGGGGCGGAUCAUACAGAGGUUUCAGGAUGCAAAUAAAACAGCCAUAUUCUGUGUCGCCUGGAAUCAGAAGGAUUCUAAGCGAAUAAUGUCUGCCGGUGCUGAUGGAUACUGUAUUAUCAGACAAGUGAAUGGUGAGAUUGUCCAGAAGUACAAGCACCCAGCUGCAGUGUAUGGCUGUGAUUGGAGCCCAGAAAACAAAGACAUGAUGGCCACUGGUUGUGAAGAUAAACUUGUCAGGAUUUAUUAUUUAGCUACCAUCACUGAUCAGCCAUUAAAAAUUUUCUCAGGUCAUACUGCUAAAGUAUUCCAUAUAAAGUGGUCUCCCUUGAAGGAGGGCAUGCUGGCUAGUGGCUCUGAUGACAGCACUAUCCAUGUGUGGGAUUAUUCCCAAGAAUCCUGUUUCCAAGUGCUGCGAGGCCACGAGGGGCCAGUGAGGGGGAUCAUGUGGAACUCGGAGAUCCCAUAUCUAUUGGUGUCGGGGAGCUGGGAUUAUAAGAUCCGGAUCUGGGAUAUCCGAGAUGGAGCGUGUGUGGAGACUCUACUGGACCACGGUGCUGAUGUUUACGGACUGACGAGUCACCCAGAGCGCCCCUUUCUGAUGGCCUCCUCCUCCAGAGACUCGACAGUCAGACUGUGGUCCCUCAAUUCCUUGGUUCAGCCCAUCGAACUCAACAUCUUGGCCGGCAAACCCUGGGCCAGCGUUCUGGGAACCACAGAUUCUGCCAUGGCAUUAGGAAACCCCCCUAUGUUAUGUGGGAAAGGAAGUAAAGAUAUCAAGGCGGAAAUGGAAGCAGGUCUUCCUUGCAACAACAAAGAGAGACUGGUCAAACUGUGUUCCAAGUUCUUCAGUCCACCGACAGGGGCAGAUAACCUGUGGGAGCUGGUCUCCGUGGUGAAAGGGCUGGACGACUCUCUCCUGUCCGAGAGGUACAAGAAAGGCAUCAUGCACGUCAAGCACCUGACCAAGUUUAAGGCUUCUGAGGCCCAGGAGCACGAGAUGGCCAAGAUGCUGUCGUUUGGUGGGGGCAUAGGAAGUAUGUCCAGAGAAGCCAGGCUUCGGGAAGCUGCCAAAAUCUACAUCCGGCUGGGAAACCUCCAGAGAUACUGUGAACUUUUGGUGGAGCUGGGAGAGUGGGAGAGAGCCAUUGCAGUUGCUCCAGGUGUUUCAUUAGAAUACUGGAAAUCUAUAACAAAACGAUAUACAAAGUUUUUGGCCAAAGAAGAUGAUGAGAACCUGAUCCCGUUCUGUACAGCUAUCGGGGACCCUGAAGCCCUGGUCGAGUUCUCCUGCGCCCGUGGACAGCUGUCUGAUGCGGUGCUAGCUGCUCAAGUUGCCUGCGAGGGGAUAUUUGAUGAAAUGGCCCAGACAGAUCAUACAGACAAGGGAUUGUGCAAUGGAAUAAAACCAAAGAAACCUUACCAAAUGUUGUUGACCGGUACCGUUCAGAAGUUGGCUGACUGGUACUUCCACAACGGAUCCCCCGUCCUGGCGGCCUGUUGUCACAUGUCUGUGGAUGAUUGUCAGCAAGCUGUGCAGUGCCUGAUCCAGGGUCAUGAGUUGGAGCUGGCAGCAUCAGUGGGUGUUGUCCUUGGUAACGUGUCCAAACAAACCCACCAAGCCCUGGAGUAUUUGUCUCGAAGGUGUGAACAUCUCGGGAAAUGGGAGCUAGCUGUUGACCUGCUGAAGCUGAUCCCAGAUAACCGAGACCUGGUGAUCCGGUGCUGUGCCAAGUGUGCUGCCAGCCGUGAUGAAAUCAACUACCUCCAUACCAAGGCAUCUCUCCCUUCAUUAGAGGAAUGUUUACAUGAAGCAGAAACUUUGAAGAAUCAGAUAAAGCCGGUGGACUGUAUUCGGUAUUAUGUUGUCUCAUCAACACCAGAGGUCGCUCUAGAGAUCGGAUUAGAGUACAUCAAAGCUUCCAUGUCAAAAGGAAGAUAUUCCCUGGAUGAUAUCUACCCAAUCCUUCAGUUCAUGAGCUCCAUCCGUGCAGAUAAACUACAGCAACCAAAGCUAGAACAAUACAGAAUGGAGUUACUGUGCCUCUGUGCCUAUUUUGGAUCAUUAAUGGCUGUAAGAUUAGGGUAUGAUGAAAUUGUGGGGCCACUGUUAAGACAUGCAAGAAACAUUGUGAUUAAAGCUGGAUUGCGACUACCUAUAACGGAGGAAUCUGUCAGCAGAGAGUUGGAAGCUUGGGACACAAUAUGCAAGGCUAAAGCCAACUGUUUCCCUGAGCCCCUGGAGUUGUCCCGAGUAAUGACCUCACCGGAGGUCGUACAGAAGUAUGAGGAGUUGCUGCGUAAAUCAGGGGGAGAUAAUCACAGUGACAGAACGGGCCCAGACUGCGCCUCUAGCUCCCGCCUCCCGUCUCACUCGGACGUCCAUGUGUCCUGUAUAUCUCAGCACAGGGUCCAGGGUUUGGCCUAUUUCCUAGAAGAUGGCCGCUCUGCAGUGUCACCCAAUGAAGCGCUGAUGUGGGCUAAAGUCAAUCCUUUCUCUCCCCUGGCCACUGGACUAAGAAUCAAUCCAUUCUGAAUAUAGUGGAAAGAGGCAGUGAAAUAUAUGGACUAGUACUGGUAUCUUUAUUCCAUCCUGCCCCCUCCCCCCAUCCAUUCUCCAAACGACACACUGCUCUGUAUUUUUUCAUCUUACUUAUAUCAAUGAGCACUUUGCUUCCCAACAGAAUGCAUGACAAUGGUGAUAAUAUGUACAGGGUGUUACAUAAUAAUUGUCCCAUUUGUCAUUUGCCAGUGCUACGACACUUUCCUACCUAAUACUGUGGAAUGUUUGUUGACUUCAUGGGAACCUUUAACCCAUGAAUGAAUAUUCACAUUGAAUUAUGGAAAAGCAAUUCCACAAAAAAAAAAAAUCCCCAAAAUCCUUAGAAAUAUUGACAGUCUACAAAGAAUUGAUAUGAUUCCACAUCUAUAAGUAUUAAAAUGUUUUCAUCUGAUGACAACAGAGUGAUAAGAGAUGUUAUGUUUACUUUUAUUAUUGAUUUUAUUACUUUUCCUUCCAUGUCAACAUGUGAAAUCACCUGUGAUACUUGUACAGUAUUUUUUACAAGUCUUUAGUAGCUAUUUUUUUCUAUUUGUUUUUGAUUGCUAGUCUAUUUUCUGUGUUUCAUAUAUUCUUUUCUUGGUGGCUCUAAUCUGCAAUUCUUCUGUGAUGAUCUCAGCCAGUUCUUUUUUUAUGCGUCAGGUUGUGUUUUUAUAAAUUCAGGUGCAUAAUAUUUAUGUUUUAUAUGUUGUGAGAGUGAGAGUUACCGCUCUGUGUACUGUGAUAUGUAAUGUUUGGUCUUUAUUCAGUUUUUCAUUAAUUUGAUACUUGAAUAAUUACGAAAUAGGUAGAUUGGUUGUACAAUGUUUCUUUUUUUUUCAAGAAACAUUAUUUAAGCCCAGAUUGUAAAAAAGAAAUAUAACUUUUAUUUUGUUUAGAAUUCUGUGUGGUGCAUUGUUAUUACAUGUAUCAAUUUUUUCAAUUUUAAUUAUUUAUUACUUGUAAAAGUGUAUUUCCAUGUCAUUUCCUUUGUUUAUUGUUUUAAAUAUGUUACAAUAUGUAUUGAUUACAAAUUACAGAUAGUGUUGGAUUUUUUAUGUAUUAGUUUUCUGUAGAUAGAACUUAUAUACAUCAAAUGAUAGUUAUUAAGAGAUAGGUAUAGCUUACGUACAUCCCAUGAUAGUUAAUUAAAGAUAGGUACAUGUAUAACUUAUGUGCAUCCAAUGAUCGUUAAUUAAAGAUAGGUAUACUUAUGUACAUCCGAUGAUAGUUUAAGGAAGUGAACAUGAAAAAAUUAUCAAGGGCUCAAAUUUGUCUGUUUGAUGUGUAUAAUGAUAUCUGAAAACCGUUUAGACAGAGCUUUCCUCAGUAAAAAGAUAUACCACUUAGAAUAACUAAUUCUUGCAAUCCAUGAGCGCUGCCAUAUUGUUAAAAUCAUUACCUCCCUGCUGGGUUAUCUCUAAGCAUCUAAGAGAGGGCAGCACUGAUGCUGCCGUCAGUGAGACACAUUGCAUUUUUACACACGUUUAGUAACAGAGAUAAAAUGCCAUCAUCAAAAUGUGAAUGGAAACUUGAAAGGAAUGUAAAGAGUUGUCAUUUUAAACAGUGUUUAUGGAGGAAGAUUUUGGAUCUCAGAAUGAUGCAUUCCCACCAGCAGUUAAUGUGACAUGCAACUAGAAUGGAAUGUCCGUGGAUCAGUGUUAUUGUGACCUAUUUUUUCUUGCACUCGGGAAUUUCUUGUUUAUGAGUUUGAACAUUUUGUGUGCUACAUAAAUGAGCACACAAGGUGCAUUGCACAGCAUCCUGACUUUUAAAAAGUGUCUUAGUCCUGUUAUUCUUCUGACAGCAUAAACAGAACCGGCGUACAUAUCAUCAAGAUCUUAUGUAUAAAAAAAAAACAAAUCAGAAAAAUUUCCAGGGCAUUUAGAUAAAAAGUAACGGUAAGAAACCCCACAAAGAAAAUGAAAUUACAAUUUUAUAUUAAUUUAAAUUGAAAUCUAAAAACAGCAUUUUAUUUAUGUAAACACUGACUGCCACAUCUCCGUACAAACAUCUGGAAUGUGAUGGUCUUAUAUUUCACAAAUUAAUCUAUCUAUUCAUUUUUUUACAAAUCAUAAAUAGUUAUCUGAAGUUCAUUUAUAGAUAUGUACUAAAUCCUUGUCUUCUCAUGACAGUACACAAAAUUUUUCUUCACAUCAAGGCAUAUUUUUUCUUCAUAACUUUUAUCAACUCUGUACAUAAACACUGGCCUAGUUCCAACAUUGACCCAGUCACCAGCAGCAAUGUGGCUUAUCUACGUCAGAGAACAGAUGCAUGCUGGGGAAUAAUGGAUUACCUCCAUAAACCUUUCACUGAGAGUGUUAAAUUGAUAAAAUCUCUUGAUAGAAAUAAGCAAAAAGGUAACAGACCUCAUUUUUAAGUUUCAAAAGGCUUUUAAAAUUUAUUAAGCAACAAUUAUUUUUUUCAUGUUCACUUCCUUUAAUUAAAGAUAGGUAUAACUUAUGUACAUCCAAUGAUAGUUAAUUAAAGAUAAGCAUAAAUGAUGUGCAUUCAGUGAUAGGGGAUCACAGUUGUUUGUGUCCAGGUAGUCUUACAUAGAAGAAUAAUCAGAGACAGUAGCUCCUUUUUUUUAGAGAAAUGGUUGUGUAUUCUGGUGCAGUUCUGAGAGUCAUGGAAUUUUUUUUACAGAAACAGAAUACAAAAAUGCGGCUUUAACAGUCCAGUUGUUAUAGAAUCCUUUUAAAAGGACUUAAUUCUGAUAUGUUUUAUUUGUGUAGAUGGUACUUUGUACUUAAGAUGGUGUUUUGGAAAAGAUAACAGUUAUUUAAUGCAGUGACAACCUUUGCUCCCUUGCUAUCUGUAUUCGGGGUAUAGCCGCCAGCAUUAUCCCAUCAUAUCCACGCCUCAACAGUAGCAUUAUAUCAGAUCCCCACACCUCAAAAGCAACAUUUUCUCUUGAUCCCCAUUCCUCAACAGAAGCAUUAUUUUCAGAUCUCCAUGACUUAACAGCAAUUUUCCCCCAGAUCUUCUCACCACAACUGCAACAUUUUCCUUAGAUCCCCAUACCUACCUUACAACAGUUGCAUUAUCCCCAGGUCCCCAACCCUCACAGUUGCAAUACCCAUUAAUCCCCACAACUCUUCAGAAACAUUAUUUUCAGAUUCCCACACCAAACAGUAGCAUUAUUCUUUUUAUUACCAUGCCUCAGCAGUUGCAUUAUCCCCAGAACCUUGUGCUUCAACAACAGCAUUACCCCCAGACCCUCACUCCUCAAUAUUUGACUGUGUUCAGUUACUGCAUUGUGUACCAAACUGUCACCUUACCCCAAUGUCAUCAUUCUGAAAUUACCUUACAUACUUCUGAUAUCCUGUAAAGACAGGGCCAUAUAGUUGAGGUAAAACCUCAGAUUUGAGGCUGAGAGUUGGAAUGAAAAGUGUUAGUGACAGUGAGGCAUAAUAAACCUUUCCUUGAUUUAUUCACUCACUGAUUAUAUCUAUGCCGUCCAUGUUGUUUACAAUAAAUGCAUAAGCAGAGAUA